GAGGUAAAAACAUGGGUGGACUAAUGGGACCAAGGGAGUCAUAAUUAAGGCGAGGAACAGAGAGUGCGAGUGAAAAAGAGUGAGCGACAUCGGAAGUUGAGAGUAUGAUGACAAUGGAGUCCCGUGAGAUCAAAGAAGUGCACAUCCCAGGACCCACUCUCUCCUCUCUCCUCCACCGCAUGUCCACCUCUUCCGGCGACAUCGACGGCCUUCUCUUCGGCACCAUCUCUCUCAACGCCCCCUCCAAUCUCUCCGACGACGUUUCUUCUUCCUCCGCCGCCGACAAUUCGCCGUCUUUAAUCGCCACCAUCACCUCCUUCUUCUCUUCCAGCUCCACCGCCUCUUUCUACUCCCCCUCCGCCCAAAUCAAUCUCCCAUUACUCCGCACCGUCGUUCCCCGUUCCGGAACCCUAAUCGGCUGGUUUUCCGGCCGCCGCAAAACCGCUCUCCGUCCGUCCAUGCGUGAAUUGGCCGUCACCGAGUCUCUCUCCUCCACUACCGCGUUGAAUUUUCAGGCUUUGAAUUCGCCGAAUCCGAUUACUUUGUCACCGUCUCUGUUUAUGUUACUCACUACUCCGUUUCGAAAAGAGGAUCAGCUCUUGAUUCACACGCAUGAUUAUCGUGUGUAUCAGUUUCGGUUACCGGCCGGGGCAUUCGAGCCCAAGACGAUGAAGAUUAUUAAUAUUGGGCCUCGUGUAGGGAAUUAUGCUGAUUAUGAAACCAAUUCCCCGUUUCCGGAAAUGCCGUGUGAGAUUAGGGACCCGGAUUCGAUGUCCGAGGAUGAUAAGAGUGACAGUGAUGACAUGAAUUUGGCUUCCAAGAAUCAGAGUCAGUUGGAUAUAUGUGCUGAUGGUUUUCAGCUUAAGCAGUUGGAGAAUUUGACUGGCCCUGUAGCUUCCGGUUAUACAGGACAAGUCGAGGAGUUGUAUAGUAAGAUGAUAGCAAAGCUCAAUGGAUUGGCUAAGCUUGUUGAGCAGUCAUCGGCUACAGUGCUUGAGCAGGAGAAUCGUAAUAUGAAGUUAAGGUACAAAGUUGCUGGCUUGGAGUAAUUUCUUGAUUUGUUGAGGUUCCGAAGUAGGGCUGAAUACUUGUGGCGGACUUGUGGCAAGGCAAUUUUGUCUCAUGUAGUUAGAAAAUCAGUGGCAUAUAUUGCCUGCUUCAUUGCUGCCAUUAGGUUCACGCAGGCCUUAAAAAUUAUCCAAGUUUAUUGUGUGAUAUGUAUCUUGAAAAUUAUCUGAGUUUAUUGUGUGAUAUGUAUCAGAUAUGUAUCAGAUGGAAUGUUAGUUGUAAGUUGGUUUCUAUGUACUUUAUGUUUGUUCA